UGGAAAGACGAGACAGAAAGCAUGAACGAACAAUAUCGGGAGAAAAUUUCGGUUACAAGUGCGCACAAUCAAGCAUCAUGUUUUCCUAUGCUCAGCAUACAUUUGAACAAAAUGAUAAUUCUCCGUGAUGUUGUACGGGUCGUGUUAAUACUAGAGGACAAUGAAUGCACACGAAUAUACCAUGCGCUACAUGAUGGUUCUACCAAAAUCAUUAAAUGGAAGGUAAAAGUAGAUUGUAUCGCUAGCCUGCUACAUCUACACUAAGAUGAAACUUCUCUCUGUUUCCUGACAGGUGGGCGAGUCAUUCUUGGUUACUUUGGUUGACGGGUUCUCAUGGGAACUCUUAUGAUAGAUCGAUUAACUGUGGAAGAAGACCUGAGAAAUAGAUAUUAGAAGAUUGUCGUUGUGGUUUUAGAUUCUAGAAAUCAAAAGCUUCCAUGGUCCUCGCGCGAGCGGAAUAAGCUGCCGUCCGCGUCGCAGCUGAGCCACAAGUUGUGCUGUGCUCGCGAGUACGGUGGUGCAGGUCCGAUCAUCAGUCAAGAAGAAGCAGUGGAGAAAAUCGUUGGCCCCUCCUUCGAUCGUUUGUGGUUUUCGCGCGCGUCGCCGUUUGUAAGCGGUGAGAGUACUCUAACAGCGAGUACCUCCAGCGGAUUAGAAGAGCGGAUUAGAAGAUUACUUAGUUAGAUUACUACAAGUUCAAGGACGCAGCUUUUUACUCAGACAAGUAGUACGUAUCAGCCAGCUUAAUCGAAAAUUGGCGACAACUUAGCUGGGAAGACAGACAGGAGACGGACGACAACCACGCAACACACUAACAAACGAGAAUGGCGGGUGCUACUGAAAAGGACGAGACCCUGAAACAGUAUGUUUCGAAGGUGAAGGAGCAUCGGAGAUUCGAGACGAAGCUGAAGGAAGUUCGUGACAACAUAAAAUCGAAACAAGGCGAAUUUGACAAGAGCGAAAACCAUAUCAAAGCUCUUCAGAGCGUCGGUCAGAUCAUCGGCGAACUUCUAGCGAAACUCGAUGAUGAAAGUACUUUUUUUUCUGUAGAUGAGAAAUUUCAGAUUGAGAUAGCCUGAGUCAUCUCACCAUGGAGCUACAACAUUAUAUGAUUUCUAUGUCAUGACUAGAAUGAAUGUGUGUAUGUCAGUUCCAAGUGGAGUUUCCUUGCUCAUUACCUACUUAAAAAUGCUGAUCUUCUUAUCUCCAACAACCACCCUUCCAGAGUACAUCGUUAAAGCGAGUUCCGGUCCUCGGUAUGUAGUAACGGUGAAGACGAAGAUUCCAAAAGCAAAGCUAACCCCUGGGACCAGAGUUGCACUUGAUAUGACGACGUUAACAAUAAUGCGAAUCCUGCCUCGCGAAGUAGAUCCAUUAGUCUUCAGCAUGUCCGCUGAAGAUCCAGGUAAGAUAUCAUACAACCAAGUCGGCGGUUUGAACGAGCAAAUCCGACAAAUGCGAGAGGUCGUGGAGCUACCGCUGACAAACCCAGAACUAUUCAAGAGGGUAUACCUACGCGUCUUUGUUUUAAGUGUUUACAUAUACUUUACGUGAUAGAACUUGAUUAUCCCUGCUGCAACCAGCUUUUCGGCCCACUAUAAAAUUGUUUGAAAAACUAUCUGCUUGUUCCUUGUUCUUCUGAUCUUCACGUAAAUCAAUGCACUCUCUUUUGUAUAUUAAUUAAAGCAUCGAUAAUUUCUUUUUGCAGGUAGGAAUUAAGAGUCCGAAGGGAGUUUUGCUCUAUGGCCCACCGGGUACUGGAAAAACGCUGUUGGCGAGAGCCAUGGCUUACAACAUGACUGCAAAUUUCCUGAAAGUUGUCGCAUCUGCCAUCGUUGACAAGUAAUGCUUGCUUCAUUUUGUUUCACAACUUUACUCGUCCUUGAUUAAUAGUUUUCGCUGGUGCUGGUGCAGAAAUCUUGGUAGUUUCAAAAAUGCUUCGAAUUCGAUCAUAUUUAUUGCGGUCACGUGACAAGAAGCGGCACAUAUUGUGAUUCAUCUUUUGUUAGCACUAUGUAACAAGAAAGUGGAACAAACUCGACCUUCUCCCAUGAUGUUGAAUUUUCAGGUAUAUCGGAGAGUCCGCGCGAGUAAUUCGAGAAAUGUUCGGCUAUGCGAAGACCCAUCAGCCUUGCAUCAUAUUUAUGGACGAGAUUGAUGCAAUAGGCGGCAAGCGAUUUAACCAAGGUAAUAUUUAUGAAAUUAUAUUGCAUGAGUCACCGAGUCGGAGUCGUGCAACAGGAACAGACUAGUAUAUCCUUCGUGGGUUUCCGCCGAAGAUCAAACUACUUUCUGGAUUUUUCCAUUACGUGCAUGUGACUGGCCUUCUCCUCUGAGUGGAUCCAAGUACAAGUUUAUUGAAAACAGGUACCUCUGCGGAUCGUGAGAUUCAGCGAACUUUGAUGGAGUUAUUGAAUCAGCUUGACGGUUUUGAUGACUUGGGACGCGUGAAGGUCAUAAUGGCGACGAAUCGACCUGAUACUUUAGAUCCGGCGUUGCUGCGACCUGGUCGGUUAGACAGAAAGGUCGAAAUUCCUUUGCCCAACGAGCAAGCCCGUCUUGACAUUCUCAAAAUUCACAGCAACCCAAUAGCCAAACACGGAGACGUGGACUUCGAAGCUGUCAUCAAACUCACGGACGGGUACCUUGCACUUUUUUGAUGCUAGAGUAGAGUUGUAUGUAUCGUUAUUCAUGAUGAUGUGGCGAAUUCGUACGACUUUGAGGACCAUCUUAGAAGGUACUUUAGCAGAGAUUGAUGCACACUUUCUUACAAAAACCUUGAAAGAAUCGAUUAUACAAGCUCAGAAUAAAAAUCAUGUGUUCACCCGUCGUUCUUGCCACAUAAGGUUCAAUGGUGCAGACAUGCGAAAUAUCUGUACUGAAGCAGGCAUGAUGGCUAUUCGAGCAGAGCGCGAUUAUUGCCUUGAAGAGGACUUUAUGAAGGCAGCGAGGAAGAUCGCGGACACAAAGAAAUUCGAAUCCAAGCUCGACUACGAUAAGAGCAGCAUCUAAAUUUGAGACCUAAAAAGACCAUGCUUGUUUCAGUCUGGACGCAGUUAGUACGAAAUUGGGUUUGAAUACUUCAUCACAGAGGUGGGCCCAAGCAGUCAUGGCAUCGGCAACCCCGCUGCUCGUGCUGCUGUAGGUUUGGUUAUCAUCACCGUUACCUCUCAUUUACACUUACAACCUACACCAGAUACACGCUUUGGCUCUGAGCAUUGAUUAGAUUCACUCUCAGAGGGAGAGGUUCUUGGAAAUGGAAUGAUUUUCUUCCCAACGACACUCUUCCCCAGCAACUAGACAUUAUGAAACCUCCUGCGGCCGCCGAACGCUGUGGCAGCAGUUCCUCCGAAUUAAUUUUUUAACGACCUCCGCCUCCCUAUUCAACAGGUGCUGCUGGACAACCUGUGUCGUUUUUUGUGUAAUGUAAAAAUGGACGAUGUUGCAAGAACUGGCUUUGCUGAAGAAAGGACUUUGCUGACAACCCCUAGUCUUGUUCCCGAAAAAAACACGAUGCUUUCUGAGUACUUCGCUUCAUCAAACUCACGCACUUAUCAUGC